AUGGAGGUUGUUAAAUACGCUCUCUUUUUCUCUCCCCCCUCUCUCUCUCUCUCUUUCUCUCUCUCUCUUUCUCUCUCUCUCUUUCUCUCCUGCUUUCUCUCAUUGUUUUUCUUCCUAAGUUUUUUUUUUCUCUUUACUCUUCUUCUUUCUCUAUUUGUCUUUUCUUUUAUUCUUUGUCUUUCCGGAUUUUUUUUUUUUUUUUUUUUUUUUUUUUUUCUCACUCGUUUUUUUUCCGCUUUACUCUUAUUUUUCCUUUUUCUCUUUCAGUUAUCCUUUUUUUUUACUGUCUCGGUUGACAUUUCUUUUAAAGGUAGUCUUGUUCGUCUUUUUUUUUCUUAUUCUUCUGAAUCUGUGGUAAAUAAUUUCUUUUUCUUCUUCCUUUCUUUUUAUCUGUAUUUCCCUGCUUUCCACCAAAUCAUGUCUUUUAUAGUUUCCUUUCUUUCCCAUUUUUCUUAUUGCGCCAAUUCUUAUAUUUUUUUAUUUAAUAAUUUCCUCUUUCUAUAUAAUAUAUUUCCUUUAUUUUUGUCGCUUUUAUUGGUCGAAACAACAUUUCUCGUCUUCCCCCUUCUUCUGCUUCCUCCUCUUCCCAACCUGAUGAUAAUCCUAACGCCUGACACAUCCAUAUCUAUCUAUCUAUCUAUCUAUCUAUCUAUCUAUCUAUCUUUGUCAUUCGCAGAGAGUACUGUUUAG